CACGUGACCCACCCGGCUAGUAUAUCUUUAACUGGAAAGUAAUUUAUCAGGCAGUCUUUGAAAAGGGGGCUUUAAAAGUGUCUCAGGCUCAUCCCUGCUGGACAGUGUGCAAUCUUCAGCCAAGCCUUUACCAAGCCACCAGGACCUUUACUGAAGCCUCUGAUUGCACCCCUUUAUAUUCUGGAACCCAGCACCCCCCCUAAGACCUGCAAGGAGGGGGCGACCCCUAAGGAUUUUUCUGCAAUUUGGGUGUCCCCCCCACUGAAGAUCAAGCAAGGACCCUCAGGAGCUUUGGUGGGAGCCCUUGGGGUUUCCUGCAGCACCCCUUCACCCAGCUUCACCCACCCCAGCACCUCCUCCUCCUCCUCCUUGGCAAGCCUGGCCCAGGAGCUGUGAUGACCCUUUCUGGCAGCAGCAGUGCCAGUGAUAUGUCCGGGCAGACGGUGCUGAGCGCUGAAGAUGUGGACAUUGAUGUGGUGGGAGAAGGGGAUGAGUCCAUGGACAAGGACAGCGACUGCGACCACCUGGAUGAAGGGGAUGAGCUGCUGGUGGGCAAGGAUCUGCCCAGGAGCCCCUCUGACAGUGCCAACGAGGCUGAGGGCAAAGGGGACCUCCAGGAGGCCAACUCUGCCCUCCAAUCCAAGCCCAAGAACAGCCUGGUGAAGCCCCCUUACUCCUACAUCGCCCUGAUCACCAUGGCCAUCCUGCAAAGCCCCCACAAGAAGCUGACCCUCAGUGGGAUCUGUGAGUUCAUCAGCAACCGCUUCCCUUACUACAGGGAGAAGUUCCCAGCCUGGCAGAACUCCAUCAGGCACAACCUGUCCCUCAACGAUUGCUUUGUCAAGAUACCUCGAGAGCCUGGCAACCCUGGCAAGGGCAACUACUGGACCCUGGACCCCCAAUCUGAAGACAUGUUCGACAAUGGCAGCUUCCUGAGGAGGAGGAAACGCUUUAAGAGACACCAACCCGACAAUUUGAGGGAGCAGACUGCCCUGAUGAUGCAGAACUUUGGGGCUUACACCCUAGCCAGCCCCUAUGGGCGCCACUAUGGGUUGCACCCUGCCUACGCUCACCAUGCGGCUCUGCAGUACCCCUAUAUCCCCCCUGUAGGGCACAUGUUGCCCCCAGCUGUACCCCUUUUGCCCUCCAGUGAACUCAGCAGGAAAGCCUUCAACUCCCAGCUCAGCCCAAGUUUACAGCUUCAGUUGAACAGUCUGAGCUCUGCUGCCUCUAUUAUCAAGUCUGAGCCCAGCAGCCGACCCUCAUUCAGCAUAGAGAACAUUAUUGGGGUGUCUGCCGCCUCCUCGGUAGCCUCACAGACUUUUUUGAGACCCCCAGUGACUGUCCAGUCAGCCCUGAUGGGCCACCAACCCUUGUCUUUAUCCAGAAGCACCAUCACCCCCAUCCUCAGUGUCCCCACAAAUCUCAUAUCAGGACAGUUCCUACCUACAGCAAUGGCAAAAUGGCCAUCUCAAUAGUCCAGGACAUUACACCCCCCACCCCCC